AUGUCAUUUUCCGCCAUUGCUGGCAGCGACGCGUCGCGUCCAGCGCGGUCGAGGAUUUUAACUCCAAGCUCAGAGGGGAGCUUAAAGCACAAAGAUGAGCUGCGUUCACCUGAGAACCGCCCGAGGAAGAGGGCCGACUCGGUUGCAAUGGACCUCUUGAAGCCCUCAAUUUCUGUCAAACCGCAUCCGCCGAAGCUUCACAUACAGCCUCGUAUCCUCCAUCCAUUGAUGAUCCUCCCUCGCGAACGUCUACCGCUGUCCUGUAUCGAUUUCCAUGCCACAAGUGUCGACCUCGCCUCCUACCGUUUAUUCGAAGCCAACAUCAAAAUUCUCGACCUGGAAAGCCGUAUGGGCUCCGUUUCUGUCAUCCUUCUCGCUAGAAAAGAAGGGAGUCGCGCCGUAUAUGCCCUCGAGAAGCAGGAGAAUGGACUGUAUGCUGUAUGCAGAUUAGGUCCCUGGGUAAACCUGGAUCUCUUGGCAGACAGUGCAACUGCCGUCUGUCGAGAACGCCUGCAUCCAACUGCCAGAAGCGAGCAUCAAAACCAGAACGCCCUGUCUGCGACUACUACGCCCCAUGUACAUAAAGAAGAGAAGAUAAAACGCGCUGCCAUAGAAGCUUUCCAAUCUCAGGUUCGGAAACGACGAAGGUCGCAAUCUGUUUCGACGUUGGCCGAAUCCGUGAAACAAGAGGCAACCGAAGCUGCCACGGAUUCGAAGCUGCCGUCCCCCAUCAUCCAACCAGAGGAACUCGCGAAGAGGUCAAGCGAACAUACGGCGCAGGUACAACCUUUGGCGAUCUCAAAUGAUGCCAAGACCGAAGUGCCCCCACUGCAGCAAACCGCCGAAAGCAUUUUUGAUACACUCAGAACUCAGUACUUCGAUACGUUGUACAAGUCUAUGAUCGAGAAAAAAUAUCGUGAAACUGUUCCUGCGCUUAUUGCACACAUGAAAACAAUAGUCGACAGUUCCGACGAAGGUCGAAAAAGGAAGCGUCGGGCCAGGAAAAUGAAAAUUGGCAAGGACGGCCUCUAUCCACACGAGCAAGCUCACAUCAGAAAGUGGUGGGCUACCAACAAGCCUGAACUAAAAGAUGAUGAAACGAACGUGGCUGACCACCAAAUCAAGUCUAUCAUUUCCAUGCUUCGCACGAGAGAGACUCAACUCCAGAUGAUCAUCAUAUUGGAGAUUCUUGCAUUGACUCCUUUGAAGCCUGCGGAGGUGGAAGAUAGCCAACUUCCUCUGUUGCCCGGCGUUGCCGAGUCUCAAGGUGAUAUGGCCCCCCCGUCAGCCAAGAAGCGAAACAAGCACAAUCUGCCCGUGCUUGUGGAUGUCCAUGCUGAUCGUUUAACAAUCUGGCAAUCCACUGUAUCUGACGAGCAGCUGUUGUUGGAGGAUUCGCAAAUCUCGCAGGCUUUAGACGGACAGUCCCAGCAGAAGUCGUCUUCAGAACCUCUCAAAGACUUCUGCGUCGACAUCAUUGUGCCAUUCUUUUCUCACAGACUACCGGAGCUUUGUGACUCAAUCAACCGCAAGUUAGGAGGACCCGUCAUUGUGAAACCCUCAAGACCUAAAACUUUGAGGCGACCAUCCAGCAAACAGUCUCCAAAGCCAGGUGCAGUGGCAAAACGUUCUGUGUCGGGACAACCCACAAGAACAUUACAGAGAGCGCUUUCAACAGAGCAACAGUCUAGGCGAAGUAUUUCCAGGGGCCCCAGUAAUAUGAUUGCGCUUAUGCGAUCUGCGACUACCACUUCCUUGCCAGGAAUCAAGCGGGAAGCAAGCGAUCCUGCCUUGGCCAAGUCGGUGCUGGCCAGCGACCCGGACUUGAUUAACAGAAAGAGUGGUCCUUUGUCACGAAGCAGCAGUGUAUCCAACUUGCAAGAUGUCAAGUUUAGCAAGAAAGCACAGGUCGAAGCAGAGUUGAGGGAUGCCAUCUCUUCGCUGAGAAAGCCGAAUCGCCAGGUGGUUGGCAAAGCACUGGCUGAAGCAGCAGAGCGCCGUGCAACCGUGAGCUCUUCGGCAAAGAAAGCGAGAAAGCCAGGCAGGAGUUCCUUCGGUACACCGCUCGUGAAGGCGACGCCCGCGAACAUGCGUUUCAAGGAUGUAUUUGCCUCAAAGCCCAAUAUAAUGGAUACACCCCUGAUGAGUACCGAGGAUGUCAUUCCUCCUUCCAGCCUUCCUUCAAUGGUUCCCUCCACAGGUCUCCGUGGAGGAGGUCAACGGAACGCUUUUCGGCAGAACCGAACUCCGGAUUUUGAGAGGAUUGGCAGUACGCCAACCAAGGGUGCAUCGACUUUUAUUCGACGGCCCGCAAAUGAUCCAGAUGUUUUGCCAUUUCCACCUUCCUCGCCAUGUUUGGAACGAAGAACUGUGUCUACUGCAAAUCUGUUCAACCCUACAGGUAUCUCGGAUCGCAAAAGAAAGGCUAUCAAAACAAAGAACAUAGAAGAUCUGGAAAACAUGAGAGUUGAACCCGAGCCUGCCAAGUCGGUAUCAAUCUAUCAGAAAUUGGGAUGGGAUGACGAUAUAGAUGACCUGUUAUGA